AUGGUGCACACAAACGUCGUUAUCAUCGGCUCCGGCCCUGGCGCCCACACGGCUGCCAUCUAUCUUUCUCGCGCCGAGCUCGAGCCUGUUCUCUAUGAGGGUAUGCUCGCCAACGGCACUGCCGCCGGUGGCCAAUUGACCACCACCACUGACGUCGAGAACUUCCCCGGUUUCCCCGACGGUAUCGGCGGUUCCGAGUUGAUGGACAAGAUGCGCGCCCAAUCCGAGCGUUUCGGUACCAAAAUCAUCACUGAGACCAUUUCCAAGCUGGAUCUGUCUCAGCGACCUUUCAAGAUGUGGACUGAGUGGAACGACGGUCCCGACAGUGAGCCUGCACACACUGCCGACGCCGUGAUCAUCGCCACUGGCGCCAACGCCCGUCGCUUGAACUUGCCUGGCGAGGAGAAGUACUGGCAGAACGGCAUCAGCGCGUGUGCUGUCUGUGACGGCGCUGUGCCCAUCUUCCGCAACAAGCCUCUUUACGUGAUUGGUGGUGGUGAUUCCGCUGCCGAGGAGGCCAUGUUCCUGGCUAAGUACGGUAGCCACGUUACCGUCCUUGUCCGCCGUGACAAGCUGCGCGCUUCCAAAGUCAUGGCCGACCGCCUGCUCAAGCACCCCAAGUGCACAGUCCGCUUCAACACUGUUGCCACCGAGGUCCUCGGUGAAGAUAAGCCCAACGGCCUCAUGACCCACCUGCGUGUGAAGAGCACCACUGACGACAAGGAGGAGGUUGUCGAGGCCAACGGUCUCUUCUACGCUGUCGGACAUGACCCCGCGAACGCUCUGGUCAAGGGUCAGCUUAAGCUCGAUGAGGAUGGCUACAUCGUCACCCAGCCCGGUACCAGCCUCACCAGCAUCGAAGGUGUCUUCGCUUGCGGCGAUGUUCAGGACAAGCGCUAUCGCCAGGCUAUCACCAGUGCUGGCUCUGGCUGCGUUGCCGCUCUUGAGGCUGAGAAGUACCUUGCCGACCUUGACGUUUCUCAUCAGGAAGUCAACGGCGCCAAGGCUGCUCCCGUUCUCUAA